AAUCUAAAUCUAAAUACUAAGAAUGUAAACUUAAAUAAAAACAGAUGGAAUCUACUGUUUCAAAUUUCAUAAGUUUAAAUGAAUAAUAUUACAGGCAUAUUUAAGGUCUUUGUUGGUGUUAUAUAUGUACAUGCGGUAAACAUUUGUCCAUUUAAAUAAACUCCUGCCUAAUCCAUUUACACACACGAUUAUGACCCCAAAAAGACACUCUAGAACAUAAAAUUCAACCCAAAAAUAUAUGAUGAUUAACACGGAAACCCUUAACAUCUUGAUAUUUUAACCAUAAAUAGGGCUGAUUACACAAAGCCUACCAAAGAAUCUUACGGAAACAGCCAAAGCUGUAAACCCCCAUAUAUACUUGAUAAUGAUCCUUAAUCUUUAGGAAGAUCAUAAUACAAAAGAGACUAUUUGGGAUGGGGAACUUCCUAUAUACCAAUAAAAGGAUCCCAUUAGAAAACUACUAUUGAUGGUUUGCCUUUUAAUGGAAGUACGAGUUAUAAUAGAAAUUAUAAAGGACUAUAAGGCCCAAAGGCAGAGCCUGCUGGUAAUAAUUAUACAUAGACUUGUAAAGGGGGAAUUCCUUUCUAGGGUUUAUCUACUAGCUAGUAGUUUUAUUAAGGAAUUAAACCAAAUGAUAAAGCUUUAGUGUAUAAAUAAAAAGGAGAGCUUUUUACAGGAGCACCCACUUUUUAGGGAUAGUUUAAAACGCUGUUUUAGAACGACUAUAUUGGAUAUAAUAAAAAUUGUCCAGUUAUUGAAUUGAGAUUACAAAGGUAAAUGGAAUAAAACGCAUAAUGA